AUGGGCACAGCAGAGGCCACUCUGCGCAUGGACAGCAUGGAGGUUAAAGACGAGUGGCAGGAUGAGGACUUCCCCAGGCCUUUACCAGAAGAUGGCGACAUUGAGUCCUCAUGCGGCCUCACUGACAGCCGAACCACUCCUCCCACCACGCUGAACGUGGGAGAGUCCGCGGGCCAGCGCAAGCGCCGCACGCUCGUCGCCCCCGAGAUCAACCUGUCGCUGGACCAGAGCGAGGGGUCGGUGCUCUCCGACGACUUCCUGGAGACGCCCGACGACCUGGACAUCAACGUGGACGACAUCGAGACCCCCGACGAGACCGACUCGUUGGAGUUCAUCACCAACGGCAAUGAGCUGGAGUGGGAAGACGACACCCCCGUGGCCACUGCGAAGCGUCUUCCUGGGGAGGGUGAGGAGGAGAGAGACUCGUCCGGCCGUCUGUGGCGGACGGUGAUCAUCGGCGACCAGGAGCAGAGGAUAGACAUGCAGGUCAUCAGGCCUUACCUGAGGGUGGUCACACAUGGAGGUUACUAUGGUGAGGGUCUGAAUGCCAUCAUAGUUUUUGCGGCCUGCCACCUUCCUGACAGUAGCUGCGAGGACUACACAUACAUCAUGGAGAACCUCUUCCUCUAUGUUAUAAGCAGCCUGGAGCUCUUGGUGGCAGAAGACUACAUGAUCAUUUACCUGAACGGAGCGACACCUCGCAGGAAGAUGCCUGGCAUCAGCUGGCUGAAGAGAUGCUACCAGAUGAUUGACAGGAGGCUCCGGAAGAAUCUGAAGUGUCUGAUAAUUGCUCACCCAUCAUGGUUUAUCCGUACCGUCCUCGCCAUUUCGCGACCUUUCAUCAGUGUGAAGUUCAUGGAUAAGAUCCGCUACGUGCACACCCUGCAGGAACUCAGCCACAUCAUACCCAUGGAACACGUCCAGAUCCCUGACUGUGUUCUGCAGUAUGACGAUGAGAAGAUGAGAGCACACAGAGAAAGGUCUGAGCCAGAGCACCAGCAGACCAGCUCGGCAGCGCCUAAAGAAAGGCCAAAAUCAAUUAUGGCAGAGGUGGGCCGUGACAUCUGA